AAAUAUAAUAAAACAAUCAAUUUUAACCAAAUCAAAACAAAAACUUAGUAACGAAUAAGAAAACCAACAACAAAUACAUAUUUCCUCAUUUAAACGUCGCGCACUAAAGACCUAUUUAUGAAAAGGCAUCAUAAUUAUCAACCGUACCCGACGUACCAGCACACCACCAACGUACAACAACUACAAAUACAAAGCAACAACAACGACACAACACAGCAAUUACAUCACCAUUUGCAGCAACAGCAGCAUCAGACACAACGCCCGCACACAUUGCGUUACGAACAACAACAACAAGCGCAAGAAAAGUGCCAACAACAAGAAAAACAACAGCAAGAGCGUAUAAAUUUAACGCCUCCACAACAUUUGCCAACAACGCCAACAAUGUCACCACAACAGCAACAACCCACGUUCACUGGUUACCAGCAGCAGCCCGCUAUGCCACAACGCCAACAACAGCAACAGCAACAGCAAGCAUCGACACAACAGCAACAACGCAUUCAACAAGAAGAACAACAUCAGCUGCUGGUAAGCGCAUUGCAGCAACAGAAACAGCUGCAAUUACAGCAGCAACAACAACAACAACAACAACAGAACCAAUUGGCAGCUAAUUAUGCCACUCUACAGCAACAACAGCAACAUGACACAGCUGCUGCGGUGAAUACAACUGGUAAUUGUAAUUUUUUUCCAACUACGUCAUCGCAGCAAUACAGCAAUGCAUGCAAUGAUUAUUUGUUGUAUAAUAAUCAAAAUAGCAACAACAGUAAUAACAAUCACAUAAGCAACAGUAAUCAUGGUAGAAAGAAUAUCAACUUGAAUUUAACAAAUAACAAUAAUCGUGUACAACAACAAUUGCAGCUGUCGUUUGCGAAUAAUCAAAAUACAAUUAAUCGACAUGGACAAUUUCCACAACAGCAACAACAACAAUCACAGCAGCAGCAACAGUCACAACAACAAUCAGUGCAUUUAAACCAUCAACAGCACAUGCAGCGCCUACAGCAACACCACCAGCAGCAGCACCACCAGCAGCAACAGCAUCAAUUUCAAUUACAACAGCUGCAACAACAACAGCAACAGAUAAUGCGCCAAUAUGGCAACAAUCAUAAAAAUAAUAUCAAUACCAAUAAUAAUAAUAAUAAUAAUAAUAAUAACAACAACACGAACACCAGCAAUGUAUUAAAUAAUCAACAACAAUUGCAAUUGCAACACUUACAGCUGCAACGUGCCUUAUUGGAGAAGCAACAGCAGAAAUAUCACCUACAGCAACAAAUAUCAACUGCAGUUGCUACUAGCAAUUGCAACGCUCUGCCUCUGCAAACAACCGCAGCGGUGACGAACACCAAUGGUAACUACGGCAGCGGCGCUGAUGGCAUUGGUGACGUUGGCGUUGGCCUUGUGACGAACAACACCGGCAAUGAUACAACCGAUUCUCGAUUCUCGAUGGAUGCUUGCGAAAUUGCAAAUUUUCUAGCUAAUGAGCUUUUUAUGCAGCAGCUCGUUUCAAUGGAUGGCAUACAGAGUGGUGUACCCACGUUGACUACGUCCACGUUAACGCCCACCACUUUACGCAGCAUCGAAGAGACAUUCAUUCAGUUGACAACUGAUCAUUCAAAUCCGCCCUGUCAAGCCGGCUUCAUACCGCCACCCGUUACAUCUAUACCAAAUUCCGAUAGUCCAGUAUUUAGCGGCGCCUUACAAAGCUACAACGAACUCGAUAUGGAUGAUUCACAAGCGUCCUGGAAUUCACAAUAUCAUGAGGAUAAUUCACAGGCGACAUCAGAUAAUUCAAGCGCCUCAUUUCCGAAUGGCCUCAAUGGUACUAGCAACGCUUCACUCGCUACCUCAACUACAUCGUCCAAAAAUGAUUUUACCUUACUACAAAACGCCAUCGCAGCAGACGCUGGCAAACUUGCCGGCAAUCUCUUGCUCACCACAUCGCCGAACAGCAGCAGCAACGCCCAUACCUCAAACAGUGCCACAAAUACCACUUUAAAUACAACACCUGUACCGACGCGUCGCAAUCAAGGCGGUCGUCGUCCAGCCAAAUCGACCAAUAUGUCACCCGAAGAGGAGGAGAAACGACGCAUACGUCGUGAACGUAACAAAUUGGCGGCAGCGCGUUGCCGCAAACGUCGUGUCGAUCAAACAAAUGAAUUGCAAACAGAAGUCGAUCGAUUGGAGGGCAUACGAGAGUCAUUGCAGAAGGAGAUUGAGGAUCUUAAGGUGAUGAAAAAUGGUUUGACAUUCGCAUUGGAAGCGCAUCGACCUACCUGCCAGAAGGUACGUCAAGAUCUUUUGAGUGUACACACCUACGAUGGUCUAAUCGCGCCGACGAAUGGUAACAGCAAUGACAGUAAUAGCAAUAUUAUUGGCGUUGACACAACAUUGUCCUCGGUGGGACGUAGUGGCUCGCCUAUUGAUUUCAAGCCCAUCAUAUUGGACAUGGAGCCACACAUAAAAGAUGAACCUUUAGAUAGUACACUCGACUCGAAUUCAUCAUUGGAUCACGAUGGACCACCAUCACCUAAACGUAUGCUACUCACGCACAACAAUCCAAUGGUACAAACACCAUUGCCAAAUGUUUCCACUUUGUCCGCCUCAUUGGCUGCUGCAUCGGCAUCACUGAAUACACCCAUUGUGACGGCGGCACCGGUCAGUUUCGCCAAUCUUGUUACCGGCACCAGUAUUGCCCACAAUAUCAACAACAACAACAACAACAACAACACUAUCAUCAAUAAUAUAACAAACAAUAUUGUGAUCAAUAGCGGCGCCACCAUCACAGGAAAUUUAAUUGCGCCAAAUCGUCCAUUGUUGAGCGGUAGCAAGCAGCGACCCAACUCACUGCCCACAAACCUACGUAAUCAGGCGCUCGCCUUAAGCACUGAACGUCCGCCAACCGAUAUAAAUGGUGUUGCCAUACAAACACCAUCAACGGGCAUGUUCAACUUUGACUCACUGAUGGAUGGUGGCACCGGCUUGACACCGGUCUCAGGUCCACUAGUGCCAAAUUGUUCAACGCAAAACAAACAUCCCUUGGAAAUCCAAACACCCACAAGUGAGCCAUCCAAAUUGGUUAGCUUAUAACAAUAAAAAUUGAGGAGAAGAGACCGGUGCAAGCUGGCGAGUGGUUAAAGCGAAGUGGUCGUUUAUUACUAGGUAGUAAGAAGUCACGUCGCACCAAUAGAAGUUUGACAAAUUUUUCAAGAGUAUUGUGGUAUUGUGCUGCCGGUGGAGGGCGAUAUCGUGCAGGAAAAGAGGAAACUAAAAACACUAAGAUUUAUGCUUUAAAAUGUAUUCAAUACAAACGUAGCGUGGGCGGCUGGAGCGGCCGUAACGGUGCGGUUAUCUACCAACCUAAGACGUAACAAUGAAUGGGAAACCGUUGCAAAUAUGUAAUAAACUAUAUAUAUAUUAUAUUAUAUGUAUGUACAUAAAUAUGUAUGUUUAUGGCAUGCAUAUAUAGCGAAUGUUUUUUUAAAAGCGAUUUUUUCUUAAUUUAAAAAAUCAAAUGUCUUUUUUAUAUACAUACAUAUAUGAAACUUGUGUGCAUAAACGAAUAAUUUUAAGAUUUAAAAGCAAGUCAUUAACUUGGCUUACAUAUACAUGUGUAUGUAUAAAAUGUUAAGUUCUUUUUGUACUUUGUUCAUACAUAUUGACAGGAGAAUAUUGUUUUUUUAGUAAACUUAUUUUCAAUUUAGUUAAAACAAAAGGAGCAGAGCGAGAUGGCACACUCGCAAUGAUUAGUGGCGAAGCGUAGAGUGGAAUAAGUAAUAGUUGAUAAUUAUUGUAUUAUUAAAUUAAAAAAUAUAUGUUGGAAUCACAAAAAUUGUAUUUUCCAUGUUUAUGUUUAUUUCAUGUAUGUACAUAUGUACAUAUUUAUUUUAGUAAAAAAAAUGCCAAUUAUAUUUUUAUUUCAUUUCUUUGUAUAUUAUCUAUUUCACAAACUUUAUAUGCCGUUAUGAUAAAUUUAAGCAGAAAAUGAUCAACGUUGUAUUUUUAUUUAAAAAAAAUUUUGACUAAACAAAAAGCUUUUACUUAAAUUUGAAUUUUUUUUUUUUGUAAUUUUUUCGUUUUAUAUAAUAUAUAUGUAAUGUUCAACUAAAGGAAUUGUGUUUAACGACAUUAAGAAGGCGUUGUGAUAUUUUUAAUAAAGAUGAAAAAAGAUAUAAAAAUAAAAAAUCUUAAAAUAUAAAAAAAAAAUCGUAUAUAAGUACGUAGCAUGCA